UGGAUUGGUUCCAUCAAUAAUUACUGACUAGACCAUUCUCUCGCUACCAACCAACAAACAAGCCAACAAACACAUAAUAAACUUACUUCGUACAUAAUCUUCUCGAAACACCCAAUUGCCCACAUAAUAAUCAUAGUCUAAAAAUAAAAAUCGCAUCCACCCACCAUGCAGCUCCUCGCCACGACCCUCACCUUCGCUUCAGGCGCUGCGGCCUACAUCAACAGCAUGAGCGCGCCCGCUUCGGUGCAGCGCGGCCAGGCGUUUACUGCCCAGCUCAAUUCGUCCAUUUACGUUCAGAACUACGACGACUUCGGGGUCGUGUGGGGUCUUGCUCCGCCCAACCUCAACACCAGCGCUUGCGUCGGGUGCGUCGGCCGACGCAUCGGGUACACGAACCUGUUUGGCGACAAAGCCGACGUCCAGGUGCCGCCGUCGGGUACCGUCGGGGUGCAGGUCACUGUGCCGGCCGACCAGGCUCCGGGCGAGUACCUGCUCAUUGCUGGCGCUAGCUACCUCGUUGGUGCUUCGGGGGUCACUGGGUUCAAUUAUUUUAAUACUACAGUUCAGGUCUGCGAGUAAUGGAGCUUUAAUGUUUCAUAUUUGAGUUUGGAUGGAAGUCGGAACAGACAAAAAAAUAAAACGAUAAUGAAUCAAUCUGCUCUCUCGAA